UCUCCUCAACGCUCGUUGCUGUCGGAGAGCUCAAUGUUCGUUUAGAAAUCACUUUCCUACCCCAGUGAACGAGACGAGUCGCACGCAGUCUGGCAAGUGGGGUUUGCCUCUUCUGCACACGGCAGCCCUGGCAAGGUUCUCAACUCGACUCAUCUGGCCGUGUUAUUGAGCACUCUUCAAUCCUUUGAUGUUGCCAAUGCAGGAGCUCGCCACCAAUUCGUCCGUUGUCAAUGGAAGUGAGAAAGACCAGCACGGACUUGCGCAGUCGCCGUCUGCCAAUCCAUCGUCUGCUGCAUUCACGGCCGUCAAUGGCGCCAUUCACUCCUCUGCGUUGUUCCGACCACGCGAGGCCUCGUUGACGUCCAUCGAUCGCCCUGCUUCGUUUGCGAAUGCCGCUGCUACGACUGACCAGUAUUCGCCUGUACGUCCGUCUGGCGAAAGGGAUUCACCACCGAUGACGGGCAAGCGGAAGAGGGAAGGUCAACUUCAGACAGACGUGCCGUCUCAUGACGCUGCGCGCGCAAUCAAUGGACAGGAUGAUGCGCCUGGCUCUCCACCUCGUCACGCGCUACCGACCUUGGACUCUGCCAUCGACCUGACCUCUGCUCAAUUUCGCGAUCCAAGUCGCAGUUCCGGCUCACCCUUCAGCGACUCCUCUGCCCGACUUUCCACGCAACGGGCAAGGUCGCCGAAAGAGAGAUGGAACCAAGGCGCGCCUCCACCCAAGCCUCGUCCCGAGACAGAGGCCAGCAUAUCUGCAUCCCUGCAACAGUUUCAACAGCAAUCCCAGCAGACGCAGGACGUGAGGCGAAGCUCACCCACAACGCCUCGCGCGCCUUCGAUUCCAGGCGAAAGAGACGACCGCACAAGCGUGCCCGCGCAGUCAGACGACACUCCCAACAGCGGCGACUACAUGGACCCCAAGCGACGAAAACGCAACUUCAGUAACCGCACCAAAACAGGCUGUCAUACCUGCAGGAGAAGGAAGAAGAAAUGUGAUGAGCGGAAACCAACGUGUAUAAACUGCGAGCGCGGGGCCUAUGCCUGCGAGGGCUACGGAGCGAAGCCAUCGAAUUUCAAGGUGUCCACUCGCGUCCUCGCGGCCAACUCACCCCCAUCGAAACCGGCUACAUCGCCGCACGUCGCUCGUCGAAGAGAUGAACCAUCCAUGGGUACGGCGGAGGGGCGAAGUUAUUCGCAUUGGGGCCGCAUAUCGCCACCAGGUGCAGCUGCCCUGCCACAACCUACUUCAUUCUCCGCCGCUCGCGCUCCUGCUCCUCUCCCGCCGACUCUGCUGCCUCCUCCCGAACCCGAACUUCCACGUGCCUAUGUCCGCGGCGCCCCACCAAGCUCCAAACAGAUGACCACCUCCGAAGCCUGGCCGAAUUUCGCCUUUCGACAUCACGAUACUACGUCGCGCCAGGUUGAGCUUCCCCCUCCGCCCGGCUUCCCAAGCACCGUCCCUCUUCACUCCCCACACAGCCUGCACGACGCCCGCACGUCUCACUCCAUGCCGCCGUAUCCGCAGCUUUCCAUUCCGACCCCACGACCACCCACGACGCCGCUCCAACCGCCUCCCCCUCUUCAACACCAGCUCCCACCGCAGCCAAUAUCAACGCCUGUGGAAGUCUGGCAUCAACCGCCUCCCAACAGUACCAUCCAUCCCCCUUACCAACCAUCUUCAUACACCACCUCCGUCCUGAACCCGAUUUCCCGCCGCGCAAGCACGACAACAAAAAUCACCGGCACCUCCCAACCCCCGCCUAACACCCUCCCACUGACACACACCGCCUUUGCCGAAAAAGACAAAAUGCUCCGCAGCCAGCCCUACCAGCACUACUUCGACCCCGUCCUCCUCCAAGACCGCAAAGAAUGCCACGCAGCCUGCGACCGCUACAACGCCAGCGCCUCCUCCCUCUCCACCAGCAACGGCAACACCAGCAGCAGUCUCGACCGCGGCCGCCUGUUCGACCAGAUCCUCAAACCCCACAAGCGUCCUGAAGCCCCUGGGCGGCAAUACGCGCACACCGCCCCCGUCGGCUCGGUAGAGGACCACUCGCUCAUUGAAUCGCCUUUCAAAUGCGAGUUCGGGUAUAACGUGCAUAUCGGGCGGGAAUGCGUGGUGGAUGCCGGGUGCUACUUUCAAGACGCGGCGGACAUCAGUUUGGGACAUGGGGUUACGCUCGGGCCGGGCGUGAAGCUGUACUGUGUUACGGUUCCCGGGUUAGAGGCGGGGACGAGGGGUGGUAGUCAUGGACGGGUACUGGCCGGCGCAAUUCGGAUUGAAGACGAUGUUUUCAUUGGAGGCGAAGCGAUCAUUAUGCCUUUUGUGACGGUGGGAAGAGGCGCGCAUGUCGGUGCGGGAUCUGUGGUGACGAAGGUGAGACUCUACUCCUCCCCACUCCGCUCUCGUUCGCGGCCCCGCUGACUGCAAUGUCUCCAGGACGUCGAAGAGUACACCGUCGUCGCCGGCAACCCGGCCAAAGUCAUCCGACGCAUCACCAAAUCGAACGCGGGCCGGCGGUGCAGCGCGCAGAUUCAGCGGCAGCAGGAUGAGAUGCAGGCUUGGAUGCGCGGGUAUGCGGAUUCGGGGUUUAGCUGGUAUACGAGUGAGUUUUGAUCCAUCUCAUUACUGGGAAAUGCAUUUGCGGUGGUGGCUAAUACGGUUUGUGCUUGAUAGGGGCGCGAUUGUAAUGUUUAUGAGUUGGAUGAAUGAAGCCUGUCGAAUGAUUGAGCGGCUUGUGGGUGAUGAUAAUCUAGUCAUGUAAAUAUAAUGUCAAGCUGUAUAGCGUCAUCUGUAAAUCGCGAACGGAUC